UUAUUUUUGUUAGAAACAUUCUGAACACAGGGAAAGCCUUCCUUCCUUCUGCUCUAUUGUUGGAGUGGGACAUCAACGUUUCUGGUCUCUAUUUCUGGGACACCAGAAAUCAAGGUAUAGAAUUUGGGGAGGUCACAGUGGCAGGUGGCUGCCAAAUGGGGUGGCGGAAGCCAGCCAGCGCUGGAAAAAGAGACAAUCCACCCUAACUUCACCAGCACCGCCCCCCUCAACCCCUCAGCGGCUCUGGUUCCAAGACUUUCCAUUUUCUGGGCAUUUCCUUGGCCUUAGACCAUUUUCCUUUAAUCGAGCAUUUUCUUUGGAACCAUGCACCCUGUAUCCGGUUUCCCCCGAUGGUGGCAUCUCACGAAGGACGGUCCGGUGUCCCAAUAGCGUGUUGCGUUCCUCAGGACGCAGAUUUCCUCCACAGGCACCCUCUGGGUUGCGCUUUUAUAGCCACAUCCACCCGCCUCCCUAACUCCUGAGCACCGCUGAUGAGCUGCACUUCUCGCCUUUGUCUUUUGGAAUGAAUUAUCCGUGCGUGACCUUUAGAGGGGAAUCUUGCAUAAUACCAGUACACCAGCGGCGCUGUCGAUUGCUGGGCUCACCCACGAGAGCCACCCACCAAAUCAGAGAGCCCCAGCCACCCACCAAAUCAGAGAGAAAGAAUCCAUCUUCUUACGCCAUGGCAGGUAAGAAGGUACUCAUUGUCUAUGCGCACCAGGAACCCAGGUCUUUCAACGGAUCCUUGAAGAAUGUGACCGUAGAUGAACUGAGCAGGCAGGGCUGCACAGUCACAGUGUCUGAUUUAUACGCCAUGAACUUUGAGCCGAGGGCCACCAGGAAAGAUAUCACUGGUCUCAGUUUGCUCUCUGGUAAAUUGAGAAAUACACCAGUCUCCCCAGUUGUUAUGAAGAAAGUUGAUAUAUAUGGAGCACAGCACCUGCUAGGUGCACUUUCUAAUCCUGAGGUUUUUAGUUAUGGAGUGGAAAUGUACGAAGCCUACAAGAAAAGGUCUCUGCCUGGCGACAUCACUGAUGAGCAGAAAAAGGUUCAGGAGGCUGAUCUAGUGAUAUUUCAGUUUCCGCUGUACUGGUUCAGCGUGCCGGCUAUCCUGAAGGGCUGGAUGGAUAGGGUGCUGUGUCAGGGCUUCGCCUUUGACAUCCCAGGAUUCUACGAUUCCGGUUUGCUCCAGGGUAAACUAGCGCUCCUUUCCGUAACCACAGGAGGCACGGCUGAGAUGUACACGAAGACAGGAGUCAGUGGAGACUUUCGAUACUUCCUGUGGCCACUCCAGCAUGGCACAUUACACUUCUGUGGAUUUAAAGUCCUUGCUCCUCAGAUCAAUUUUGCUCCUGAAAUUGCAUCCGAAGAAGAAAGAAAGGGGAUGGUGGCUGCGUGGGCCCAGAGGCUGCAGACCAUCUGGAAGGAGGAGCCCAUCCCCUGCACAGUCCCCUGGUACUUUGGGCAAUAACUCUGUGGCACGUGGACAUCAAGUAAGCAGCACACCAGGAGACCCAGGUGCAGGCAGAGAGAAGAUGGUGCGGUCAUGAAAUAAAAUUACAACGUAACUACCUGGA